UGUGUCAGUGACCUCGCUCAUGUGCAUCUUCCUCCUUGACUUUGGUGCCGAGCGCUAUGUCGAAGUCAAGUAUGGCGUCUGCAGAGAGGACCCCGAGCCAAUCAUGACCAGUGCGGUGGAUAACUCGACUGUGGACAAGGCAUCGCCCGGAAACUCUAGGAAGAGCGAGGCUGAUGUGGAGGAGUUGUCCACCUACGCCAAUUCGCAGUGAUCGGAUGAAACCACACUGCUGUGUACAAC